GUUCUGCCUUGCCAAGAGCGCCCUUGACUUUCUCGUCAGCGGCUGGGGCGGGGCGGUGAACCGCCCUGUCUUGACCAUGAUUGCGCCCGAGGGGCGAGUUAGCUCCAUGCAGGCAUGCAAGCUGUCCAUCGAGCACCUGUUCACUGCGCUGGCCAUAACGCCCCUGUGCCUCAUGAUGUACAAUGGGCUAGGUUACCAGUCUUCCCCCGACAAGGUCGCGGACAUGCCCGAGGAGGUCCGGCAGCAGAACGCCAGGGCCCUGGGCAUCGUCUUCGCCACGGUGGGCGGCGCCAGCUACGCGCUGCAGG